AUGAUACAGACGACCUACAGCACCCUGGCCAACCACGACACUUCCUCUCCACCUCUCCACCUCUCCUCUCUUGCUGACACAACCUCACCUCCCUCACUUCCCUCCCUCCCGCCUGUGUUUAUUCUAGGCCAAGGUUUUCCGCCCCGGCGUUUCACCUCCCGGCUUUCUCUCCCCGCAGCCUGUAACUGUAACCUGCACGCCCGCAAGUGUCGCUUCAACAUGGAGCUGUACAAGCUGUCAGGACGGGUGAGUGGCGGCGUGUGUCACCGCUGCCGCCACAACACUGCUGGCCGCCACUGUCACUACUGCAAGGAGGGAUUCUACCGGGACUCCUCGACGCCUAUAUCCCACCGGCGAGCAUGCAAGCCGUGUGACUGUCACCCGGUGGGCGCCUUGGGCAAGACGUGCAACCAGACGACCGGCCAGUGUCCCUGCAAGGACGGCGUGACGGGCAUCAUGUGUAACCGCUGCGCCAAGGGCUACCAACAGAGCCGCUCAACCAUCGCUCCCUGCAUCAAAGUGCCGGAUCCUUCCUCCAUCAGAUCUGUGCCGCCCAGUUACUCGCAGCAUACGUGUGGGAAGUGCAAAAUCACCAAGCGUCGCCUGAAGCUAAGAAAAUACUGCCGCCGAGACUAUGCUCUGGUGGCACGCGUCAUCAACAGGGAGGAGCUCGGGGAGUACACUCGCUUCGACAUCCAGGUUACAGACGUGUUCAAGAGGACCCGCGCUGACAGGGUGCGGCGCGGCGGGGAAAAACUGUGGGUCAAAAACAUUGACCUGACCUGCAGGUGUCCAGAAAUCAAGAUGGGCGGAGAGUACCUCAUCCUGGGCCGCAAGGAACGCAAGCAGCCCCCGGGCCUGGUGAUCAACCGGCAUUCCCUCUUCAUCAAGUGGCGCAACAACAAGCAAAUGCGUAUGCGUCGCUUCCUCAAAAAAGCGUCCAAGAAGUGCCGGCCGUCGCGAUACUGAGGCCCCUUCCACACCGCCACACCGGCUCCGGAUGCGGCUCCGGGCUGAUUCAUCCUCCUCCUAAGGAAGAGGAAAACGGGAACUGUGUCGUCGCAUCAUACUGUAUUAUGCAACAACCUCCACCGCGGGAGAGUUCACAGGUGUUCAGCCAAUAGCCUGGGAGGACCUGUUGUGCGGCGAGUGACGAGUACGAAUCCAGGAAGGCGAGGAAGGACUCGCCCGCAGUGCCCGGGGCCCGCUGGGCCGCGGCCUCGCCCGUGUAAACUGUGACAGAUUGUGUAAAUCGGAGUGGUGGAGUCUGAAUCUUAGUAAUAAGGUGGGCUGUGCAGCGUAUCACUCACUCAGCUUGGCAGGUAGUGUAGAGCAGCGGUGUGCUGUCCACCAGAUGACUGCGUUGUAUCAAUGUUCACAAUGUCAGACUAAUUUUCGUUCGAGCUCUCGAUGGCAUGUAAGCCAUUAUCAUUAUAUUGCUUGAUGCUCUCUUAUAGUGUACUUUUUCAACUGUACAUAAAAAUCACAUUUAUGUGUGUUCAUAGUAGAAAUCAUGUUCAUAUUAACUGAAAAUAAUAUCCUUCUAGAUAUACUCAAGUCAACAGGCCGCGAAGCAGGUGUUACGUUCGAAACAAACGCUGAAGUAUAUGAUUUAUCAUCUGACUUUUUCUCUCUUUUUGAAGUCAAAAUGAGGCCAACCAGACAGCCCCCAGGCCGGGUGUGUCGGCGCGGGCGGGUGGUCACUCGCGGCCUGUUGAGCUGCAGCUUGGCGGGCGUCUUCGUCCCCGUCGCACAAGUUCCUAAUUUGACUAGGGCCGUUCGUGAACGAUGAUGGAUGAAGUGUGGUCACCCUGGCACUCAUCCAGGCGGUAUUCUCGAGCGGCAGCACUACCACUCUGUGUUCUGUUAGGUCGGCUCUGGACGCGGGGGUCGGGGAGUCCCCUCGGCCCACCAGAAUGUUUUCAAUUAUUCACUGCUUAACUUACGUGAUCAUUGGGUUUUCGUGGAUCACCAGGAAGUGUCCAUUUUUCAAAUCCAUUGUAGUGGAGCCCUUUGAACAGUGAUGUCCAGGACUGGAACAGAGCACCGUAGACUGUUGGCGUAGCGCUGUACAUGUUGGCGUCUGUGUGGGUACUUAACACACACCUCGUAGAUUACGGUACGGUUCUCGUGCUGGGGCGACACACUAGGCACUGGCGGCCGUCAACAAACUGGACCAUUGCUGCCUGCAGGAUGUGCCUCGCCCCAGCACCGACCCACGUACUCUCCUGUUUGUCAUGCCUUCUCUCGCCACCACUCCAUAUAGGAGAACUGAUGAACUCAUCCCGUGCAUGUCUGCUGCCCGCUGUCAGCGGGGCGACGGUCCCUCGGAUUAAGAAGGCUAAAAACAGCAGGAGAAGAAAGUAAUGUAGGUGACACUUAAGAACUGUUAGUCAAGUUCUUCAGCAAAGUAAUAUCUAUCAGGUAAGGAUAGUGGACUUUGAUGGCUAAUACCUGCGAGCCGUAACUCUGAUGGUGUUGGCGGCGCCAUUCAACCCGGGGCGGCGCCUCACCGGCCGACUCACUCUCGCCUCCCAGGGCGGGGCGAGGCCCACCGCCGCACCCCACCCACACUACUGUAGCUGUCAACUGGGUCAUCAGCGGAACUCUGGGUGAUAUUUACACGUGUACUUCUUAUCAGAGCUUCACCAAUGUACUGGUAGUGAUAACGACCAUAACAUUCUUGUUUUAAGGCAGUUUAUUGUGUGUAUGUAUGUACCUUAUAUUUUCCGUUGUGAAAAUUACUUCACAGACCAACCGUUAGGGAGAGGUGAGUGCUGAGUUAUGCCAAAAGGACUUAGGAGCUAUAUUCGGAACACACACACACACACACACACACACACACACACACACACACACACACACACACACACACACACACACACACACACACACAAUGAAAAUGGCGAAACAUUGCAAAUUUUGGUUGUAAUAUUUAUUUGUUUACUCGAUUUACAAAAGCAAUAUUUUUUCCUGUUUUGAUCACGUCCCAUGAAAGUUCGCAGUUUUUACCUCACUUGGGCAGCGUCUCCCACAUGUCCUGUUUUGUCGCAGCUGCCGCCAAACGAGACCUACCUGACCUUCCAGUUACGUGUGUGUGUGUCGCCGGUGGUGGCAUUAAGUCUCGCUCCAGUCUGCUCGCUGAAUCUCGAGAAAGGGUGCGUCCAUCAGAUGAGUCAGUGAAUCAUUCAAGUUCGCUGAGGGAUAAAAGUGGCUUCAGGAGAGCCAGGAGGAGGAACACAUCAAUGACUGCAUGGACCGGCAAACCGCGAGUUCUGUCUCUGAUCUACUUUAGCACAAUAUUCUGUUAUUCCUUGUAAAGCAAACAAUCAAAAUGUUAAGUUGGUCAAAUAAGCAUGGGGGUGUGCAGCUUUGCAGGGUUGCUUGCUGAACAAGACGAUUUCUGUAGGGUUGUCAUGUCCCUCGAGUCCGUUUAGCCUUGUGUCUUUGUCAUCAUUCAUUUUAGUCCUUUAGAGCCUUGCGGGGACUGAAGAGAAUGCUUAUGGAAUAUAUUAAGAAUAUAUAAGUGUGCUGAUGUGGCAGCGGCAGAGUGCAGCGUACACAGGAACUUCACGCCUGUGUUGCUCGGCACUUACAGGUCCAGAACACACAGUUAUUACCUCAUAAAGUUAAUCAAACUCGUGGUGGGUUUAGGCUCUGGUUUAUCAGCGAACCACUAGCAACUGCCCCACAUAGAUAGUUGGUGUUCAAAAGUAGUAGGUCGUUUGGGUGUUGGCAAUAGGGCGGAGUGCCCAGGGUGGCGGCUGACCGGCCUCGCGCCCUCCUCCCAGUCCAGAGGUGAGCUGCAUGAGGCGCGGGAGGGGCUGGUUCGGUUCUCCUGUAAGACAUGUAACUUAAAUUUUUGUCCUCGAAACGUAUAUUUUUAUUUUUGUCACUGUACAGUUUAUUUUUACGACCGAUGUAUAUUUGCAUAUUUCUGUAUGUGUAAAAAUUUUUCCUUCAUCCUAUGGUUUUAUGUUGUGCCAAACAAGUUUCCAUAAUGGAAGUGUAGAGGGUAAGUGCUGUGUUCGGACCCAAUCACCCCUCGGCCGCCGCCAGCCACCAGCGAGCGAGGAAGCACCUGUUGGGUUGCACGCGGUCCCGAUGUGGGUCUGGACGCAGGGCGGCGGCCAUGGUGGUUGGGAAUGGUAUCUGAAUACAGAAGAAUGUGCAUUCUACAUUUUGUGUUGUGACACUCAUGGCAGCAUUGAAAGAGACUUUGUCGCACAUUAAUUAAUGCAUAAUUUACAUUGCUUAUCAUCACAGCAGUCAGUAACAUGCGCCCGGACUGAGGCAGCUCCCUGCUGGUUUUUCUCGGCCACACCCACUGUUUGAAUAUGACUGAAGCGGAGAGGUGAAAACUUAUUCACUUCAACGUUGAGGCUACACCCGCAAGGCGGCACGAUUAUCGGCGGCCCUCACACACUGCCGGGCUAGGCAAGCUCUUAUUUAUAUCAGUAUAAUUAUUUCUGGAUAGCUUUAAUUCUAAGGAGGCACCGUUUCGUGGCUGCUGAAGCCCCAAGUGAAGUGGUGUGAGAUGGCCGCCGCCGCGCCGCGCGGGACCUUCCUGCAUAUCAGCGGGCGGGCGGCGCCCCACGCCCAGCCGCCCCGCGCCCUCCGCUGUCCAAAGACCCGCUCCUGCGCAUUUCAUUGAACUUCACAACAGUCGCCGGAUGAAGUUAUUAGUUUUUAUUUCACAUCCAGAUUAGAGGUGAGUGUGCAGGAGUCCCUGGGUGGUGAGGCCGUCUGAGGGUGGGGCGCCGACCCCCGCCUCCAGUCAUGUUACCCUUGUCCCUUCGGCGCUCUGUACAUACUCGCUGACCUCUAUUUCUCUUUUAUAUCUACAUGUGCCACGUGUACCACAGAUGAUUCGUUAUAUUAAAUAAAUGUAUUCGUAUUAGAAA